AUGACUACUCGUAUACAACAGGGCCGUGUGUGGUCGAUGGACCCUGCGCAGGAGAUCGUGCUCAAGCAGGCGUGGGGCAUUUUGCUCAAGUUCUUUGGGUACGAGCUUUCGCUCAAGCUUGACGAGUUGGAGCUGGGCAAGUCUUUGGUUAAUUCGAAACCAGGCCUCCACGGCAGAAGAGCCGACUCUGUUCUGCUGGUGCUGAAGGACUCCUUGCUGGUGAGCUCUGGAGGUUCUUCGUUUGCGUUCCAGUCCUCCAAUACAAACAUCAAAAGCGUCUACUACUCGUUAGAAACAGGAGGGCUAGAUGACGCCAGCAGCGGUGCGUUCUCGUUAUACCACCAGGAGGAGCAUCCAGCGUUGUCGAGAAGCUUGUGGAGCAGCGUGAAGAACAGCAGUGCCGAUAAUUACCUCCUCAGGUUCGUUCGGCUCUCCCACAAUGACCGGAAGGCUUCGCUCAAAUGGAUUGCCGAGGUGUUGGACUGGCGCAUCAACAAGUACCCCAUCACGGAUAUUGUGUUUGACGGCGACGCCAUGCCGUAUUUCGAAGGGAAGAAGCCGCAGCUUAUCGAGGCUUUCAGAAGAAACGAAGUGUACGUUCGUGGAAACUCGCGUACUGGCUGCCCCUUGGUCGUGGUACGUGCCAAGGAGCAUUUCCGCCUGAACUGUCCGGACGGCGACUACGAAAAGCUCAUCAUCAUGAACUUCGAGUGGCAGAACCUCGCCAUGCAAGAGUUCAAGAAAGGCGUGGACCAGGCCCAUGUGCUUUUCGACUUGACCGGUUUCACGCUCAAGAACGCCGACUUCCACGCCGUCAAAAUGGCAGUCAAGCUCUUCCAGCGAAUCUACCCCGACUGUGUGGAAAAGGUGUAUAUCCACAAGGCCCCCAAGAUUUUCAGCGUCAUGUGGAACAUCAUCGUCAAGUGGAUGAGGCCCCACUUGAGGGAGAAGCUUGUCUUCACCCACACCUACGAGGAGUUGAGGAAGUACAUCGAGUCGAAGUACAUUCCCAAGUCCUUGGGCGGCAAGGAUAAGCACAUUCCCACGUACAUUGAGCCCACCGAGUUCAAUUCGAGAAAGAAGGACCCCGAUGCGUUGCUAGGGAACCUCUUGAGACAGCGAGACGAAUUGACCAUCAAGUUCAUCGAGGCCACCAUCAAGUGGAUCGAAUCCACCACACCAGAAGAGUCCAAGGGCUACCUCGACGAGAAAAUCCGUCUCUCGAAGGCCAGAGCACAGAACUACGUCUUCUUGGACCCCUACCUCAGAAUGAGAGGACCCCAUGACAGAAACGGAGAAAUCCUCAGCAUCAGCUACUAA